GCGUGCUGAAUGUUUGCUGUUUAUCCGUCCUGCAUCCAGCAAAAUAUAAACAAAACUUAUCAACGCAGCGAAUUAAUCAACAGUGUUUAUUUUAUAGAAGCAUGUAUACCAACGUAUGGAAUAUUAAGGAGAUUUUAAAUAUAUCGAAUGGAGGGAGUAAGUCCUCCGGCCGAAGUGGUGCCACCAGCGAUUACUCCAGCGGCCUGACCGACUCCCAGUUUCUGUUUGGGUCCAAGUUCUGGACAGAUGAAAUAGGCCUGUCCCAGGAAAUGAGUCUACCGUCCAAGAACUCCCAGCAAAACUCUCAGGAGGUAAAUGAGCCCAAAGUUUCAACAAACUACCACACCAAGCCUUACCUGUUCGGUGGAGAUUCGAAGGACAAAAGCAAGAUGCCGAAUUAUACAAGCAGCAAAACCAAAGGAAUCCUGGAGCAGUUUGAGGAGGAGAAGAAAAAAGCAAAAGAGAAGACCGAAAGUGAGAUGCUGGUGAGUGAAUUGUCACAACUCAAGGAAUGCAUGGACAAUAUGAAGAAUUCUUUACGCAGCAUGGAUGAAAACACAGAUUCUACUAAAAGAGUUGUGGUGGAAGCCUUGGAUGGUUUCACAAAAACACUUCAGGGUGCUGUGGGCAGCAUACAAGAAGGCUUCACGGUGCAGUUGGAGGCAGUGCUGGACAAGCUCAGCUGCCAUUUAGAGGCCCUACGAGAUAUGGAGGACAGGGAGUCCAAGAUGGUUUCAGAGGUGGCCACUCUGGCUACAUGCGUGCACAGCCUCCAGGGGGAGGUGGAGAGCUUGAGGACUGAGCAGGCCAGGGAGCAGUACAUGAUGGGAGAGAUCCUCUCCUCGCUGCAGGCUCUGGCCUCCACCCAGCCGCCAUCGGCCCCCGUGGCGGACAGCGGCGUGCAGACGUCGCCCUGCCCCUGGGAGAGGCUCUGCCUGGUCAGCGAGGAGACGCGGUACUUCCAGAGCCUGCAGCUGGGCACCGGGCCGGCACCGCUGCCUCAGGGAGAAGUCAGAGUCCUGGGGCCACUGCAGCCCAUUGAGCAGGAACCCAGCCCAACCAGCGAACCUAACCUGCGGGCUGGUGCCCACACUGAGGCUCUGGCCGACAUAACGUGCGAGACGCAUGGGCAGAAGCUGUACCGUACCUGCUCUGCCACCACUCGCCCGCCGGGGGUCCGGAACGGUGCAGCCGGCACGUGGGCACGAGAAGUAGAAGUUGCCCGCAGCCUGCCCGGCGCCACACUGGAGAACCUCGGGCUCCUGACCCAGGAGGACGGGGGCAUCCACCGCACUGGCCGAGUCCCUAAGCAAGCUGGCAGGCCGAGGGGGGCCGUCCAGAGAGGGCAGAGAACACGGGUGCCCAAGAGGAGGAGGAAGGCACUGCCGCCAUGUGGGGGGCAGGGCAACGGCAACAGGGGUAGGGAGAUAAUGCCCGCCCCCACUUCCUGCCAGAGUCCAGCCAAUCACAUGUCCGAGAACGCAGAGGUGCUCUACAACCCCUGCGCCGGCUGGUCCCAGGACAGCAGCAGCACACAGUUUGUCUCCAGGUGCGAGACCACCACAGCAUCACGGGCGAUACCCAUCUCUGAGGCCGAGACUGGGAUCACGCAGCAGGGGUUCUGGCAGCUGUUUGAUUUCUGCGAUGAUUCUGACUAGACACACCAUCUUUAAGAAUGCUGAGGUGUUUCUGAAAAAGCCAUCAUUUGAGUAGGACUAGUUCAUGCCUCGUUACUGUUGGUCAGGAGUGUCAAACUCAUGUCCUGGAGGACUGCAGCGUCUGAAGGGUUUUCCCAAUUUUUUCUUUCAAUCAGCAAUCAGUUCAGGCAUUGGAACAAGUUGCAUGGCCUCUUUAGGUAAUCAGUGUCUUAAAUGAAUAACUUAAGAGCUGAAACUCGACAAAAACCAGAAAACGCUGCAGCCUACCAGGACUGGAGCCUCACAACCCUGUGGUACUGUAGCUGUUGUUGUAGCUCCUAAUAGAUGUUGUGCACUGUUAUUGUGGCAAUUUGCUUUCAUAUACAAGCCUUCCAUUACUUGCUGUAUAAUGUUUAAUUCCAGAGAUUGUAUGUUUAACAAAACAAAAAUUGGUUUAUAUAAUAUUUAGAACUGUAAAAUGUAUGGAACCUUUACACAUUACUUAUACAUCAGAACAAAAAAAGGCUAGUUUACCAAAAGUGCUGGAACCCCUUUAAAUAAUUUGCAUAACCCACUUAAAAAUACUAUAAAAAAUACUUUAAUACUUUAAAAAACCCAAUGCAAGUCCAACUGCCAAAAGUACUGACUGACCAACAUCUGUCAAUCUGCCACAUUGAUGCAGUGCUGCUAUUCUCACUCUAUAUACUGUAGUAAUUAACAUCAGUACAAGCUUCUUCUACCAUUUUUAGCCACAGAAAUGCACCAUUGCCAUCUGUCUCCUUGAAGGCUGAUAAAAGACUUUUUAUCUAAUGGUACGUAAUUGCUUUCCUCUUCUUAAAAAGUUUUAAAGGCAAUGUGCUUCUUGCAACAAUGCAAAUCUGUGAGUGCAUUACUGUAGGAAGUCCCAGAAUUCUUAGUCUACCCUUGUGCAGUUUAGUCAGAAUUCCAGACAUGCAGACAGUUUUUUUCAGAGGAAUUUCUUCUUUUUCAAAAACUUGUGUUUUUGCCUUUGUGUUUGCAGUAGUGUCCCAUGAAUUUGUAUCUCUCUUUGUGGCAUUUGUUCCUUGAUUUCACGAUCAAUAAAACUUACACAUAUUCUCA